AUGGAAGGAAAUUUCUAUGAGUUCGUCUGCUCCAUUGGAUUUCAAGUAUCUCAUUUUGACCCGUGUCUUUAUCUCAAGAUUACAAGUGGCGAGUGCGUGCUUUUGCUGGUAUACGUCGAUGAUGUGUUGGUGACUGGCAGCUCGACCGAACUGAUUAUGCGCACCAAGAGUGGCUUGAAGGCGCGUUUCGAAAUGACUGACAGCGGCAAGUGCGCAUUCGUGUUGGGCAUCGAGCUGGUGGACAACGACAACGGUAGCGUGACGAUGUGCCAGCGACGCUACGUGGAAGAUGUUCUCAAGCGUUUUGGCAUGACCGACUGCAAAGCCGUCACCAGCCCAACAGACAUCAGUUCUUGA